GUUGCUGUUCAAAGGAAAGCACUUCAGCUUCCGGUAUGUAGAAGGGGCAGAAGGGAUAGGAAGUCGAUAUAAGCGUGCAUUGAGCUUUGAGGGCUUUGAGCGCUUAGUGUAAGUAAAAUGGACGCAGAUGGGGAAAAGCGGAAAUUAAUUGAGCUUCGUGUUGUUGAUCUGCGAGCAGAAUUAGAGAGGCGCAAUUUAGACAAAACAGGUGUGAAAGCUGUUUUAAUAGAAAGGCUACAAAAGGCUCUUCGAGAUGAGGGACAUGAUCCUGAUGAAUAUUUAUUUGAAUCGUCAGAAAAGAAGGCUGUUAAGCGUAUAUCCAAUGCAAAGCGUGGUGAACAAGACGUAGAGUCUGAGACACACAGCAAUGUGGAGGAAAACCACAACGCAGACAUGGAUGAGGAGCGUGAUAUAGAAGUGGAUGCGGAUGAGAAUGCAAAGAAGGAUUUGAAGGAGGACGAGGCAGGUGAUGAAGCUGAAUCCACACAGAUGAAAGAUGAAGUCCUGGACAAGAUGCCAGUUGUCGUGUUGAUGGCUGACCCUGCGAUUGAUGCUGAGGUGGAACUGAAAGUGAAGGAUGAACCAGAGGAAGGGGCAAGACCCCAGGUGGAGGAAGCAUGCAGCGAGGCCGACAGGAAUGUGCCCGAAGGGAACGGUGUGGAUAAUGAGGACUCCAUAAACCUCACCAUAGGCGAGGAUGAGGAGAAGUUGCUAGCAGAGGAGGAGGACAGCAGUAGCCAGGAGAAGGAAACAAAAGCUAAUGACUUCCUUGGUGGCGACGGAGUCGACUUGCCUCCCAUCCGAGUGGCAACAACAGCUGCAGGAGCAGACACUGAUGAACGCCGUCGUAAUGCUUCCUUGAUUGUCCCUGUAGAUGAGGAUAGUGCGGUGGCAGGCUUGACUCAGCAAGAGGCAGGAGCCGACGCAAGCAAGAAGGAUUCGCCAGGCCAAGAGGAGAACAAACAUGCUGCAGAGGAAGAGUUGCUAAGCAAGAGCCAAGAGGAUCAGAGUGAUGAUAAAUCUGGCGGAGGAACCAAGAGUUCUGCUGCUGCUGCUGAGUCAGAGUCUCCCAAAGAUGAGAAAGCGGACAAAAAGGGCAAGUGUGUGGGAGGAUCCACAAGUGGGAGCAGUCGCAACCUCUGGGUGAGCGGACUGUCCUCAUCCACACGUGCCACAGAUCUGAAACAGGUGUUCUCCAAGUAUGGCAAGGUGAUAGGUGCCAAAGUGGUGACAAAUGCUCGUACACCUGGUGCCAGAUGCUAUGGCUAUGUCACCAUGGCGACAAGUGAAGACGCUUCCAAGUGCAUCCAGCAUCUGCACAGGACAGAACUACACGGGCGGAUGAUUUCUGUUGAAAGGGCCAAGGGGGAUGCCACAGGGCCGCCCAGGAAGGGUGAGAAUAAAGUAAGCAGCAAUUCAAUGAAGAAGGCAGAGGAGAAGAAACGGCAUGAACGCAGGCUGAGUGCGAGUGCUGCCAUCAAGCAGGAAUCUGUGGACAAGAAGAAAGAGGAGGAAGCCAACUCAGAAGUGACAGAGGUGAAGGACAAGGCCCCAGAAGAUGGGACCCCUGCCAAGGUGGAUGCUGAGGGAGAUCAGGAAGUGUCAGGCGAGGACAAGGAGAAGGCUGCAAAGGCUGCUGAUGGAGUAAAGAAAGAAGGGGGAAAGCACCACAGUCGUGAAGUGUCGCAUGAGAAGAGGGGUCGUCACCGCAGUGUAGGGAGUAGCCAUUACUCUCAUCACAGUCGCAGCCCUAAUAGCCAGCGCCGUGGGUCUCGCCAUCGCUCCUCACCCAGCAAGAAACCUGGUAUCCUCACAUUUGCACAGAUACGAGAAGAGCGAGAGCGUCAAAGACAGAGGGAACGUGAACGGGAGUUGCGAGAGGAGGACAGACGGAGACGUAAUGAGGUUUUGAGGCAGAGAGAGAUAGAGAAGAUGCAGAGAGAGGAGGCUAUCAGACUGGAGCGUGAGAAGGAGAAGUUGCGCCUCGAACGGGAACGUAUAGAGCGGGAACGCAAUGAGCUGAUGCGCAUGGAGAGGGAGCGUCAGAGACUGGAGCGGGAGAGGUUGGAACGUGAACGGGAGGAGCUGAAGCGCCAGCAGAUGAGAUUUGAAGAGUCACGUCGCACAGUGAAACGACCAUCCAGUGACCGCCGGGAUUCCUACCAAGAGGAGAGAAAACGUGUUGCAACUGAACGUCGCUAUGAUGGAAGUGCGCGCUUUGAUGAUGGAUCUAGAUUUGAGCGUGGCCCAAGUUUCCGAGUUCGUGAAGAGCGGCGCAGUGAGAGUGACCAUCGUACUAAGGUUGAUGUGCGUCACUCGAGGGACAGAUACCCAGAGUCAUCUAAAGGAGAGAGCCGUUACACAGAUCGUUCGGGCGACACUUGGCAUGCGGGUGGAGGCCCACCAGCAGUGAAACCAUUCAGCUCUAUGGGCAGUGGAGGAGUGCCGCCUCGAGAUACUUGGGGCCCAUCCAGUGACAGGAAGGCAGACAGCAGCCAGAGCUGGGGGGCCUCGGACAGGUGGGUGAGUGGCAGUGGAGGCCCAAUGGGAACAGUGGGCCGUGGUGGUCCGGGUAUGGGUGGGCCAGGUUCAAUGUACAGCAACCCACAGAAUGUGACACCCAACAUGUCGGGCAUGAACAUUGGAAUGUCCAGCAGUGGUGGGCCCUAUGGUGGCGAUCGCUUUGAUGCAUAUAAGCAGUCAAUGGGUCCUGUACGCAAGUACUGAGCUGUAGCUUUGAUGAUUGGCACACUCAGACUGGACCACAGCACUAAAACAUGUGAAUCACAUUGUCUUGAAACUAGUGUUUUUGUCAUUGAUUCGUGGUAACAGAAGCAAAUUUGUUACAUUUGUGUGUCUCCAGGAUUUUAGAAAGUAAAAUGUGCAGGUUUUAAUCCAGAUCUGGAAAGUAACACAAAUUCAGAGGCAAAACAUUAGACUUGAUUGUGUAAUGCAGGGUUAGCAUUUCUUAUGUGAAGCUAUGGUAAGGGCCCCUUUGAAUGCUGGGGACCUCUGUCAGUCUUGCUCUCCUGUUGACUAAUGUCCAUUCCCCUGGGGGUACUUCUCUCUUUUUUUUUUCUGUAAUUUUAACAACACUGAAAUGAAAGUGCUGCAGACCUAGCAUUUGCUAGAUGUUUGAAUGUAUGUGACUUGUUGUAAUAAAGCCCUACUUCAACAUGA